CCUGGCAAAAGGAAAGGCAACCCUGGUAUACGGGUAUUCAAUGUGGCGAAGAAAACUUCAACCGUUGUCAAUCUGCCUGCUACAAUUUCUGACUCGGGCGAAGACGCCGAAGUUGACAAUGUUGCUACUGAUUCUAGUCAACAAAUCAGUGAUUCUGGCAGCCCAACAGAAAGUUUUGAACUUUCAAACGACGGGACGGAUGACGUGAAUGAAAAUGAACGUGAACCUUCAGCGAAUAAUGCGAAUAUGACGUACCAG